AUCCCCCCUCUCUCCCCUUUUUCCCCCUUUCCCUCUCUGAAGCCCUAGUUGCUGAAGAUCACCCCCAGCCCCCAACGGUAUCUCCUCUCUCAGACUCUCUUUCUCAGUUUCUCCCACGAGCUCAAGCUCUCGUCAGCUCGUCUCAUCUUCGGUCUCUCACCUCUCGUCUCCGGUCUGUCAAGCCCUCGUCAUCUCAAGCUCUCUCUUCCCUGCGCUCGCUUCGCCGGCGGCAGAAGCAGACGGAACCGCUUCUGGUCCCUCGGGUGGUGGUAGUCGUCGUCUUCUUGCUUCUCACGGUCUCUGUCUCGCACCUGGUCUCGAUCUCUCCCUUCCCUGCGCUCUUCGUCGCUGGUAGCAGAGGCAACAGAUCCCGGUGGGCUGGUCUUCGUUGUCGUCUUCUUGCUUCGAGCCUUGCUGUCAGCUUCUCCCUCGCCAGCAGCUUCUCCUUCGCCGUCAGCUUUCUUCGCGCAACCCGAUUUGCCUUCCUCAGUCUCACUGUCUCACAACUCACAAGCUCUGGUCAGACUCUUCUCUAAAAGCUCAACUCUCAAGCUCUCUCUCUCUCUCGUCUCUCCCACUCAACGUCUCUCCCUUCUCGCUCACUCACUCACUCUUCCUCCGUGGCCUCCGUUCCUUCCGUCGCCACCAGUGUACCACCGGCAGCUUAGCUUCUUCUGUCUUUCACUUCUGCGAACAGUCUGUUCUCUGCGUGUCACUUUGGGUCUGUGUGGUUGCUACCAAAAUGUUGCGUAGAAAUAUUCGCAUGAGGAGGGAGUAUUUAUACAGGAAGAGCUUAGAAGGCAAAGAGCGCUUGCUCUACGAAAAGAAGCGCAAGAUAAGAGAAGCACUUCAAGAAGGGAAGCCAAUACCUACUGAGCUUAGGAAUGAGGAGGCUGCACUUCGUCGAGAGAUCGAUCUCGAAGAUGAAAACACAGCUGUCCCGAGAACACACAUUGAUGAUGAGUAUGCACAUACUGCGGAAAAAGAUCCUAAAAUUUUGCUAACCACUUCCAGGGAUCCAAGUGCUCCUCUUCAACAGUUUGUAAAGGAGCUGAGUUAUGUCUUUCCGAAUGCACAAAGAAUGAAUCGUGGUGGUCAGGUUAUUUCUGAAAUUAUAGAGUCUUGCCGUGCACAUGAUUAUACAGAUGUUGUGUUGGUUCAUGAACAUCGUGGUGUUCCGGAUGGCUUAAUUGUCUGCCAUCUGCCGUAUGGUCCAACUGCAUAUUUUGGAUUGCUCAAUGUGGUUACAAGGCAUGAAAUCAAAGACAAGAAAGCCAUUGGUACAAUGCCCGAGGCUUAUCCACAUCUGAUUUUUGAUAACUUCUCAACUAAGUUAGGUGAAAGGACUGCCAACAUUCUAAAGUAUCUUUUCCCAGUUCCAAAACCAGACACAAAACGUAUUGUGACUUUUUCCAACCAGUCUGACUAUGUAUCGUUCAGGCAUCACAUAUAUGAAAAGCAUGGAGGUCCGAAGUCUAUUGAACUAAAGGAAAUUGGUCCGCGGUUUGAGUUGCGACUUUAUCAGAUAAAGCUGGGAACUGUGGAUCAAGCUGAAGCUCAAAUAGAAUGGGUUAUUAGACCUUACAUGAACACGAGUAAAAAACGCAAGUUUCUCAGUGAUUGAUGUUGCCAUAACAAAAGCCGCAAUGUUAAAGUAGUAUUUACGCAGCUUAACCUGAUACACGUUGAGUGCAUUUUUCAUCGUGACGGAACAUUGUCCUUAGUUCCUUAGUUUGAAAGGGAAUAUAAUUUUUGGAAUGAGCAUCAUUGUAAACUGCUAAAGCUAUGAAAAAGUGAGAAUGAAAUGUACUUUUUCUGGAAAAAAAUUAUUAUUUGCUUUUUCUUGGGAAUAUGAACAGUUCGUUUGUUAUUAUUAA